GAAGUCAGGGACAUGAAGAUCCGCUUGGCGCAACCUGGGGAGCCAGUCGAACAAGUCGACAAAGAUAUCUGGAAGGAGCGAGCUCGUCAAUUCCUGAAGCGAGAGGCUGGCCGACAGCACGAACUGGAGCAGGACACCGCAGUCGUCCGCAAGCGGCUCCGCCCUCCGGCCCGGUUGCCUUCCUUCGACCUCUUGCUCGCGAAGAACAAUGCUUUGGCCUGCGUGACCGGCAAUGGCCUGGAUGCAUAUGUUCCGAAGGAUACAGAGCCUCGGCGAAAUCUCAACAGGAAGUGGUGGUCGGAAGUGACAGAAGCUUGGACUGAGUUCGUCGCAACGGCGGAUAAAGGCGAUCCGCUCAUUGCUGCGACAGUCCGUCGCAUGAGUCGCUUUGGCGCUGGAGUCGCAGUCGACCAGUUCAUUCAGGACAUGCGGGAUGGCAGCAGCAACUUUCUGCAUCGCAGGGGCGAGUCGGUCCAGCCGAGCCGCUGGUUCACUUGGCAAGAUGCGAUCAUGAAGCGGCUUGCCAAUCCUGCUGAUCUGCAUCUCCAGUACCUCGUGAUGUUGUUCCAUGGCAUAUCCAUGGGAUACUUGGCUCCGUCCUGCAAGUUUUUGUUUAAUCAGCAGGCAUGA